AUGGAUGAGCUCAGUUACAACCGGGAGGAGUUAAAAGCUGAUCAUGAUCGUGACUUUCCAAAACUCACUGAUGAGCAAAGGAAAAUCUAUGAUGAGAUUACUGAUGCUGUUUUUACUAAGAAAGGAGGUGUGUUUUUUGUUUAUGGGUUUGGUGGAACUGGAAAAACCUUCUUGUGGAAGCUGCUUUCUGCUGCUAUCAGAAUGAGGGGUGAAAUCUGUCUGAAUGUGGCAUCAAGUGGAAUAGCUUCUCUAUUGCUACCAGGAGGAAGAACAGCACAUUCUAGAUUCGGGAUUCCUAUAAACCCAGAUGAGUUUUCUUAUUGCAAUCUGGUACCAGGAACUGAUCAGGCGGAUUUGGUGAAAGCAGCCUCUCUUAUCAUCUGGGACGAAGCUCCAAUGAUGAGUAAGCACUGUUUUGAGUCUUUGGAUAGAAGCAUGGCAGAUAUCAUUGGAAACAAAGAUAACAGACCAUUUGCCGGGAAAGUAGUUGUCUUGGGUGGAGAUUUUAGACAAGUGCUGCCAGUUAUUCAUGGAGCUGGAAGGCCGGAAAUAGUUCUGGAGUCGCUUAAUUCUUCUUAUCUCUGGAAGCAUGUUCAAGUUUUAGAGCUAACAAAGAACAUGAGGCUGAUGUCAAAUGAUCUCACACCUGAAGAUGCAAAAGAAUUAAAGGAGUUUUCGCAGUGGAUUUUAGAUGUUGGAGAUGGAAAAAUUGGUGAUGGAAACGAUGGCGAAGCUCUAAUCACUAUUCCAGAUGAGUUUUUGAUUCUUGAUGCUGAUGAUCCAAUAGAUUCUAUAAGCAAAGCAGUGUAUGGGGAUGCUGUUUCUUUAUUGCAGAAUAGAGAACCUAAGUUUUUUCAAGAAAGAGCAAUACUUUGUCCUACUAAUGAAGAUGUGAACAUGAUUAAUCAGCAUAUGUUGGACAAGCUGCCAGACUCUUCAGACAGGUUUUCAAAGAAUGACCAAGCUCUUACUCCAGAUUUUCUGAACAAAAUCAAGGCAUCAGGUUUACCUAACCAUAGUCUAAGAUUGAAGAUAGGGUGUCCUGUGAUGUUGCUUAGAAACAUUGAUCCUAUUGGGGGACUAAUGAACGGUACUAGACUCCAGAUUACAGAAAUGUAUGACUUCAUGAUUCAGGCUAAAGUCAUUACAGGGGAAAAGGUCGGUCACACUGUUUUUCUUCCUAGACUCUCAAUAACACCUUCAGAUAAAAAACUGCCGUUCAAGAUGAGGCGGAGGCAACUACCUAUUGCUGUGGCAUUUGCUAUAACGACGCUGAAGAUUCAUGGCGUUCUCAUCGAUGAAGAUCUUGAAGCUCAGGAGUCAUGGACUUCUUUGAAUCGUGAUGGAUCAAAGUCACCCAAGCGUGGAUCACUCAAGCAAUCGAGAAGCUUCGAAUCGCCAUGGAUUCCCAUCGAAGAGUUUUGA